AUUCUUCGCCUGACAUCGUUCACAGAGCUAGCCUCAGCUAGGUACUCGUCGUGCAUCCUGUCAUCAUGAGGGAAAUUGUUCAUCUUCAGACUGGCCAAUGUGGCAACCAAAUUGGAACAAAGUUCUGGGAGAUCAUCAGCGAUGAGCAUGGCAUCAUGCCUAAUGGCGAGUACACGUCAGGAGUGGAGCAGGACCUAAAGGACCUGCAGCUGGAACGCAUCAAUGUCUAUUACAAUGAAGGCAAUCAGGGCAAAUAUGUGCCUCGAGCCGUGCUGGUCGAUCUCGAACCUGGCACCAUGGACAGCGUCAGAGCCGGACCUCACGGCCAACUCUUCAAGCCCGACAGUUUUGUAUUUGGCCAGAGCGGCGCAGGCAACAACUGGGCCAAGGGUCACUACACAGAGGGCGCUGAGCUCGUUGACGCGGUGCUCGAUGUUGUAAGGAAGGAGGCCGAGAAGUGCGACUGCCUGCAGGGCUUCCAACUCACGCACUCCUUGGGUGGUGGCACGGGAUCUGGUAUGGGCACCUUGGUCGUUUCAAAGAUCAGAGAAGAAUUUCCAGACAGAAUAAUGAACACCUUCUCAGUAGUGCCUUCACCUAAAGUGUCCGACACCGUCGUCGAACCUUACAAUGCUACUCUAUCAAUUCAUCAACUCGUUGAGAAUACCGACGAAACUUUCUGUAUUGAUAAUGAGGCUUUGUACGAUAUUUGCUUUAGAACUCUGAAAUUGCAAAAUCCUACCUAUGGCGAUCUCAAUCAUCUCGUCUCUCUUACUAUGUCCGGUGUCACAACCUGUCUGAGGUUCCCUGGCCAACUUAAUGCUGAUCUGCGUAAGCUCGCUGUCAAUAUGGUUCCUUUCCCUCGUCUUCAUUUCUUCAUGCCUGGCUUUGCUCCCUUAACGGCUCGAGGUUCUCAGCAAUACCGCGCCCUCACCGUACCCGAGCUCACGCAGCAGAUGUUCGACGCUAAGAACAUGAUGGCCGCGUGCGAUCCUCGUCACGGUCGCUACCUCACCGUCGCCGCCAUCUUCCGUGGCCGCAUGUCCAUGAGGGAAGUCGACGACCAAAUGUACAGCAUUCAAAACAAAAACUCUUCAUUCUUUGUGGAAUGGAUCCCCAACAACGUCAAAACUGCUGUAUGUGACAUUCCUCCUCGCGGUCUCAAAAUGUCUUCCACUUUCAUUGGCAAUUCCACUGCCAUCCAAGAGCUUUUCAAGCGCGUAUCGGAGCAGUUUACUGCCAUGUUCAGGCGUAAGGCUUUCUUGCAUUGGUACACCGGCGAAGGCAUGGACGAAAUGGAGUUCACUGAAGCCGAGUCUAACAUGAACGAUUUGGUGUCAGAGUAUCAGCAGUACCAAGAAGCAACCGUCGAUGACGAUGGCGAGUUUGAAGAAGAACAAGAAGCUGAAGGAGAAUUUGCUUAAUUAUUGCAAUAGUUAAUAGUCCGUUACGAUAUUAUUUCUGAGUCUCUUACCAAUCUCUCUCUAGAUCUGUCUAAUGACUUCCAUUGGCUGUGGCAUUUCUUCUUACGCAUAGUAUGCAGUUAAUAAACGUGUCAAUGGUUA